AUGCGAACAAUUCAGAAGGGCCGUGCAAACCAGCGGUUAGGCGAGGCGGAAACGACCCUGGCUAGUGUAGCACACACUCACCUCAAUGGUAAUAAGUUUCGGCAUUGUGCUGCGAAAUCCUCAGGGAUAUAUCCUUCAUUGACACCAGAAUGCUCUGUCCAGCUCGCGGCGGAGUUGGGCCUCCCUCCUUAUUUGAGCCAAAUGUUUCACCAAAACACCAGUCUGCUUUUGCCUAUUUCAGGAUGCCUGGCCUACAAUCGGUAUGCUGAGCGCAUGAAAGUCAUUCUCGUUGCUGCCUUGAACCACCUGAUCAAUAUCAACCCCAUUCCUCCGAAUGAUAUCGCUGCCUUCCGGGAAUUUUCUAUAAAUGCAACGAACCUCUCACGACAAAUAGUUUUAUGCCUUCAGCAGGUUUACUGCCCACGCUUCAAGAUUGUGGUACAUACCUUCGUGUUGGAUACUGCCACCGUUCCUGAGACCCAGAUGGUAAUCGGAAGCAGGGGUCUCUGGACACCAAGCCUGGGUGACGAUUAUUUCACUAUUCAGCUACAGCAGCCUAAAUUUGAAUGCAUCAUUGCUGUUUUUGGUCUCUUUGUCGAAUAG